UGAUCAUGGCUGAGACCGAAGCUCCCUUCGAGACACUCUCAGAUGACAAUCAUGGUCCACUCAUAACUCUCGUAUCUGUUGCACUUUUGAUUGUCGCCAUUAUCUUUGUGGCAGCAAAGCUAUGCUCGGUGCUCUACUUCAAACAGCGUCGGUCUGCUGUCCAUACACCCGUAUGGCUAGCUCUGGCGCUACUAGUUGUCGAGGUGAUAGUGAUACAAAAAGGGGUUGACAGUGGGAUAGGUCGACAUAUUGACAGUCUUAGUGACACAGCCAUCCAGACAGCUAGCAAGUACCUCUACGCUGCGCAGCUUCUCCAUGUCAUUGUCCUCUCAUUAUCCGAAAUUUCUACCACGCUGCUCGUCUGGAAAUUGACUCCCCAUCGCGGCAUCCGCCAGACUUGUCGCAUCACCGUCGGCCUUGUAGCGGCCUGGACCAUUUUCGCCGUCUUUGGAGUUGCAUUCCAAUGCAAGAUGCCUGACCCUUGGCUCUAUAGCUCCUCUCACUGUGUUGGGAAGGGCUCGAUUCUCUAUCCUAUCUCGAUAAUACACAUAAUAACAGAACUUGUCAUCGUGGUCAUUCCAUUCUUUAUGAUGCGCAAUGUCCAAUUGACACUCACGACAAGGGUGAAGAUUCUAGCUGCUUUCUCAGCGCGCAUAAUUGUAGUAGCACUGGCCAUUGCAUACCUUGCCCUUCUACCAUCAUACCUUCUUUCGACAGAUAUAACAUGGACCGUCGUUAAUCCCAUGAUCUGCCAACAAGCCAUGACUUGCUCAACCGUCACCAUCGUCUGCCUACCCACGCUGUACCAUAUUUUUGCGGGCUUACAUUCCGGCCUAAUCACAACCAGACUGCCCGAUGAGGUCGAGCUGAAACAUACUCAUCCAUACGGACAUAAUUCUACACUUGGAAGUCAUGGAAGUAAAGGGAAAGGGCCCACAGAAGAAUUGGCGACGAUUGACUCGGUUGUGUCUGUGAAGAGGAAGUCGACCAUCAAAAGGUCGAGCUUCAGUGAUAGCACGAAGCGUUUGACUGAUGGAGAGAAGGGGGGCGGAGUGUUAAUGACGGUUGACAUUACAGUGGAGGUAGAGGAUCGAUAG